GAAACCAACAGAAGUCACUUACAAUCCCUAGGAGCGCCACAAUGAAAGUUUCGGUGUGUGUCGUCCUCCUCUUGAUCCUAAGCUCUAUGGCAGAAGGAGUUCAAGAAGAAGGAGAUGGAAAAGAGGCCAAGUUCUUCAUUAAGAGUUAUUCAACAACCACCUGGACUUUCUUGUCAUCAUUCACCUCAACUGUCCCCUACACUUGUUACCUAAGUGAUGAUGCGGCUGGAGAUUGCGCAACAGGCCGUCGACUGCGUCGCUCCAAAAAACUUUCCUUAAACCAUGAGGCGACCGUCACUGAUCUCCUCAGUAGUACUGACGAAGGAAGUUUAGACGUACUUGACGGAUUGUCUAACCAGGAAGAAAAAUUAUUCUUCACACUGUGGAAGACCUCCAGUAGCACCGUCACCGUCACCACCUUCUCCACCAACCGCUCCGUCACCAUCUCCGCCUCCCUUAUGUGUGUUUAUCCUGGAUUAGUAGUCAAUCAGUGCUAACACGGACACUAUCGACCACUGUACGAUGUUCCUCCUUCCUUAACACUAUACUCACUCUGUUGUUCUUGCGCUCACUCUGGACCCAUCUUUUGGGAGGUCACAUUUUCAAUACUUUAUUACGGCUGAACGUAAACUAGAUUAACUUAUAUUAAUAUGUGAAUAUUGUAUAUACAUAACUGACCCCUAAUAAAUACAUGGACUUGCAGAUUA